AAGAGAGUUCUCUUUUUCACUGAUCAUUUGCUCUGUAGAAACGUGGUCCAGGCAUAGCCAGCCAAGACAACACCCAUCACUGCAAUGCCGACAGAAAUAACACACACACGCUGACCACUUGUCAGGGCACAAAGUUUUGAUCUGUUUCCACAAACGGACUUUAUGGCUAUGAUGGCAACUCCAAACAGCAGCAGUAUGGCUGUCUCCAUUGCUGGCAACUGUACCAACUUAUAUGAUCAUCGUGGGUGGGCACAUAUUCUCUUGCCUGUGGUUUACACUUUCAUCUUCAUUGUGGGAUUGUCAGGUAAUGUUUUGGCUCUGCACGUCAUCUGGCCUAAUAUGAAGAAGAUCAACUCCACCACGGUGUACUCUGCCAACCUGGUGGCGUCUGACAUCCUUUUCGCACUUGCCCUCCCUCUGCGAGUGACCUACUAUGCGUUGGGAUUCCACUGGCCGAUGGGAGAGGGCCUCUGUAAGGCCACAGCUCUGCUGUUCUACAUAAAUAUGUAUGCUGGUGUGAACUUCAUGACCUGCUUGAGCGUGGACCGCUUCAUUGCCGUGGUGCUCCCACUGCGCUUCAGCUGUUUCCGUAAAGUUCACAACGUACGAUACAUCUGCAUAGGCGUCUGGAUGCUGGUGCUGGCCCAAACACUGCCACUCCUCUCCAUGCCAAUGACCCAUGAGGAGCACGAUGGCUACAUCACAUGCAUGGAGUACCCCAACUUUGAGCAGGUUGAUGGCUUGCCCUUUAUGCUGAUCGGCGCCGUGUUCCUGGGCUAUGGCAUUCCUCUGGUAACCAUACUGGCCUGCUACUCAGCUCUAUGCUCCAAACUUCGUGAGCUAGCCAAGACAAACCAGUUGACCGAGAAGUCAGGCCUCAGUCGCAAGGCCAUUGGCGUGAUCUGUUGCGUCAUUCUGGUGUUUGUCGUUUGCUACAGCCCCUAUCACAUAGACCUGCUGCAGUACAUGAUCCGAAAACUGCAGUACCAGCCAGACUGUGGUCAACUGCAUGCCUUUCAGAUCUCCCUGCAUAUCACUGUCAGCUUUAUGAACCUCAACUCCUGCCUGGACCCCUUCAUCUACUUCUUCGCCUGUAAGGGCUACAAGAAGAAGGUACUGAAGCUGCUUAAGAGGCAAGUGAGCAUGUCGUUAUCCAGUAUGGUUAAGACAUCACCAGAUGAAUAUUCCCGAGACAUUGAUAAAAUCAACAUGGGCAGCAGAGUCUAUCAGAAGGAGAGGAGCAGCAUGUUAAUGGCUGACUGAAAGACAUACAACUUCCGGACUAACUUCAAAAUCAGUAGGAUUAUAAUGGAUGUAGGACCGUUAUCAAAUGAUUCAUACCAGACCAGAACAAAACACAAUGCCUUGUCUGAAAUUUUCAAGUAUGUCAUGUCAUAGUUAAAGACUCAAUGCAGUAUAAUUUACUGCUCUUUCUGACUCUUUAAAUAUUUCAUAUUUGUCAGCCUGGUCUGUCCUUUGUAAUUAGUUUGUUUUCUAUAAUUCCUCUGAAUAGCAGGUUUCAUUAAAUUGUUUAACACAGACAUUUUGAACAACAGUACUUCAAAAUUUUACACCUCAGAGAAAGCCACUAUGUAAACUAAGAGUGCCACCUUCUGCCAGAUAUCCGCAAUAGUUUUGAGUGAUUCAGAAGCGAAUGUGCUGGAGUGGGCGGCAUUGUGGGGUAGCUUGCCACAUCAGCUCCAGGGUUAAGUGGUUACUAAAGACGAAUGAUGAAUGAAUGAGCUGGAGUCCAAAACUAUAGCAUGUCAAACAAUAUGGAAGCAAUUAGUAGCAUUAAACCAAACAGAAUAUUUUGCUUUGCUUUUUAGCAAUUAGGAAUGUCAUAGAAGACAACUUUAUUUGCAUCUUUGGAAAAGCAUGAAAAACCUACGAGGCAGGUGAAGCUCUUUUCUGACACACAGUACUGUGCAAAAGUCUUAGACACAUGCAAAGAAAUGCUGUAGAGCAAAGAUGCCUUCAAAAAUAAUGAAACUAAAUGUAUUAAAUACAUACUACUGAAUAGUAUUAAAAAAAAUACUAUAAAGAGCAGUAAACAGUAAUAAAUGAAACAAAGUCAAUAUUUGGUGUGACGAUCCUUCGCUUUUAUUAAAAAAAAUUAGUAGUCUUAAAAAGUUAGUAGUAGUAGUAUUAAAAAAAUAGUAGUCUCAGGUACAGUGUGUGCAGUUUUAUAAGAAAAUGAGCUGUAAAUGUUACUGAGCAUCUUGCAGAAGCAGCCACAGCUCUUCUGGAGACUUUGACAGUCACACUUGCUUCUUAUUUUUGCAGCAAAACCCAGCAGCCUUCAUUAUGCUUUUUUUUUUUUUGUCUGAAAAGUGUCUCUUAUGUAAUCUGCUGCUUUCUUUACUGCCAUACAAACAUUUUUCUGUAAUAUUUAAUUUUGGGCUGCAAAACUAAUGCUUGGAAAACUAAAAUGCUUUUGUAAUGAAUCAGUAAUGUAGAAGUCAUAAAAUAAAAAUUUAUAACAGAGUUUGUACUAAAAAAAAUAGGGUGCCUAAGACUUUUGCACAGUACUGUAUGUCUAAAAAAAAAUCAUGAAAUAUUCAGCUCAAGACAGCUAGUGAGAUGAUUACUUUCCUGAUGAACCUGUAGACACAGUGUAACUUGAGUGAAAUGCCUCAAGAGGGCAAUAUAACACAUCUUAACACAGACGGUACUCAUUGUUUACAAUGCAUUGACAAGUUACAGUGUCAGAAAUGCAAAGUCUACAAUGUAAGAGUGCAGACAAUCAAACUGUUAGUACUUUACUUUAGAACCAAGCAUUUAUUGCUGUCCUGUAAAUAAUAAUCUGAGAGUAGAUUGACAAGAUAAUAUUCAGUCAUAUUCAGAAUAUUCAGUCAGGGGAAUUUUCUAUUAAAAGUUAAAAAAAAAAAAAAAAAAAAAAAGUUGAAUCAGUCUUAUCUGUGAUUACCAAAACUUCCCAGCUUUAAAAAAUAUCACCUGCAGGACUGAUAUAUAAUAGCAUGAGCAAUAAAACUACUGACAGUUACAGGAAAUGAAAGUUAAUGGCAGUUCCAGAGUUGAGAAAAUGCCUCUCAGUUCAACAAAGGUUGGGUCAGACAUGCAGACAAAACUACUUUCAAUUCUGUGUGUACUGUGUCAGGUCUUACAUGCCAACUAUACGAUGGGAAAGCAUUCAGGAAUGAGACUGACAAGCAAAACAAGAAAAAAAGAAAGAAAUAUGCUAUUGAUUAUUCAACAUUGUGAACAAUUAUAAAUGAUCAUUAUUUGUUUUUUCCAGGGUUCAGCUUUUGUACCUCUGCACAGACUAUUAUUGUGUGGGAAUGUUUAAUAAGCAUGACUUUUGUUAUUUUUGCCUAAAAUAUAACUGAUGUUUAUAACUAUACUGUACAGUACACCAAAACAAGUUCUAAAUGGCUUAUAUUAAACAAAGAGAGUGUUAUAUCGAGACCUGUGAAUUAUAAGAUUCUAUCUGACAAUCCUGUGGUUUUAAUAUAUUAAAUAUAUACAAAGAUUUGACACCCAA